AUGGCAAAUGAAAUUGUAGUUGAUGCGUUGCCAUAUAUUGAUCAAGGUUAUGAUGAAACAGGAGUCCGAGAAGCGGCACUGGCUAUGGUAGAAGAAGAAACUAGACGCUAUAGACCAACAAAAAAUUACUUAGAACACUUGCCUCAACUUAAUAUAACAUCGUUUGAAACCGAUGUAAUGAAGCACGAAUUUGAACGGCUGCAAAACCGGUUGCCGAUGGAAGUUUUGAGCAUGAAAAGAUACGAGUUACCGCCACCUCCUCCAGGAAAAAUGAAUGAUCUGACAGCAUGGAAUGAAAGUGUUGAAAACAGCUGUGCGCAAUUGGAGCACCAAGCUACUAGAAUUUGUAAUUUGGAACUUAUAAUGGAUUAUGGUUGUGAAGCGUGGAAAUCUCACUUGGAAGUUUUAGUUCAAAUGGUCAGUCAAGCUCAAAAACAACUUCAAACACUUCGCAAGAGUAUUCAAGAAAUAAAUUGGCAACGUAAAUCCAUGCAAACGCAAGGAGGUGAAAAAUUGCGAGCUCUUGAAUCUCAAUGGGUUGGUUUGGUAUCGAAAAAUUAUGAAAUAGAACAAGCGUGCGUGCAGUUAGAGCAAGAAAUAUAUAACAUUAUGCAAUCAAGAACUGAGUCAGUUGAAAUUAACGACGUUCCUACUGAUUUGCAAGAGCCUGGAGAACCAGAAACUAGUGCAUCGGAAAAAUCGAUAAUAGAAGCGAAUCAAGACAGUGAAAAUGCCGAACAAGUUAAUGAAAAUGUUGCUGAAGAAGAAGUUGUAAAUAAUGAAGCAAAUGAACAGGAUAAUUAA